GAUUAAGUAUUUUUCUUGGUUGGUUAGGUUUUGGACAGUAGACAGCUCUUUCUUUUUGCCAGCCUGUUAAGUUUGUGGUUUGUGGACAUUUAAAAAAGCACUCUUUUAUUUUUAUUAUAUUGUAUGUUUAAAGGUCUAGCAAUAUAUAAGAUUAUGUCUAAUGAAGAAAUUGUUGUAAAUUAGAAUGAAGGAGGUCUCCCAUGACCGUGCAAGGACAAGCUGUUAUAGACAAUAGAUGAAUGUUGGGAAGCACAAUGCUAAAACUGUGGAUGGGUUUUCACCAGGCAAGAAACGACAAAGAACUAAGUGGCUUAGAUAAAUAUAAGAUUAAUUUUAAGAUAUACACACUUUAAUAGCAAAAGUGGUGGCCAGAUUUGUUUCUCUGGAUUUUUAAAAAUUUUUGUUUAUUUGUAUCCUUUACAUGUUCAGUUUUAAGAAACGUCGUCAGUUAUUUAGCUCACUCACAAUGUUUCUAUAAAUCCAGAGAUCUGCUGUUUGUCAGUAUUGUCUGUCAUAAUGACUGCACAGUUAACCCACAUUGCAGCUGAAUCUGACUACAGAUCAGGUUUCAGGCGAUGCGUCCACAAUCAGUCCCUUUUUUAAACGUCCCUCUUUAUUGUAUGUCGAUGAAGAUUUCUCACACGUCACGUAACUGAAUGAGCUGAUGACGGAAAAACGGUUUUCAGGCUCGUAAAGUUUUUAUUUGACGGUGCAAACUGUCCGGGACAAACGGCUGUCUCAGCAGAAAGUGAACACAAGUGAGAUAAAAGUAGGUCAGAUCUGAACGAAAGCUUUCUCAUGACGCAGUGCAUUCUCAAGCUGAGCUCUGGUUCAGAUGCACGCCCCGUCUCACUCCAACCAUUUAUUAAUAAUAUCUCCAUCAGCAGAUGAGAUUAAUAUAAUGGAACUGCACUUUUUACCCAUUUCAAACAUUCAAACUGUUGCUGGUAUUUACUCCUUCCUUAAGUUACUUCACAUUAUAUUUGUCUGCAUUUAAGGGGGGUAACAUUACCUAAAGAGUGUGACUUUUUUCCACUCCCUGGGGAAUAUUUGUCUUCAUGUGACUGGGAGAAAGCUAUCUGUCUGAGGCGCCCACUGGAUUCCAUUACCCUUCAUUCAGCAGAGCAGCUGGGGGCAAGUGAGCCAGAUCCAGUUACAGCAAGAAAAUCUUGGUAACGACGGAGCGUGUUGAGAGGCAGCUGUAUUGUGGAUAAGUAACAGUCACCAUGGUUGCCACGAGUAAAUUAAAGAUUAAAAACACGGAGGGUGUUUCGGAGCUGGUUGAAAGGCGGUACGACCAGGUGUGCAUCGAGAAAGAGUUUGAUUUCUGGGAUCACUUCAUGGCCGAGCCCCAUGCAGACGUAACGGAGAACAGAAGCUGCCACCAGUUGGCUAAGAUGUUUGAAAACUGCCUGUCCCGGGCCAAGAAAACGACGUUGCACUGCUCCUCUGUUCUGGUACCAGAGAAGCUGACCCGGAGGAUAGCCCGCGAGGUUCUCCAGCUGGCGUCCUGCGAACCCUGCGGCCUGCGCGGCUGCGUCCUGUACGUCCACCUGGAGCUGGAGAAGGGCUGGAAGCAGCUGGAGCGCAUUGCAUGCGAUGCCUCAGUGGUUCCCACGUUUGAGCUGACUCUUGUGUUCAAGCAGGACGGUUCGGCAUGGCCCAGCCUGCGGGACUUCCUCUUAAUGGGCUCGUGCUUCGGCCCGACCUUCAGGCACGUCAUCAAACUGAGUCCAGGUUUCCGUCUGGUCAAGAAAAAACUGUACUCCUCCUCAGCUGGCACUGUGAUAGAGAAGUGUUGAAAGUGAGAAAGUGUCUCCCUGCUGUGAAAUGCACUUAAAAACUACAAGUGAGACCAAAGCGGUGUCACGUUUUCAGCUCUUUUGUACAAGUUUGUCACUGUAAGGUUAGGAUUUUAAAUGCUAAACAAACCAGAUACUUCUGACUUCAGCUUCAUAGUCCUUAAAAAUUCCCUCUUUUUUUCUUAGAGCAGUUCCUCACUCAAGCACAAUUUUACAAUUUGCCUUUUCAAAAUGAAUGUAAAAGUGUUCACAUUGACAUGUUUGCAAGAAACUCUUCUGUUAAAGGCACUAGCCACUUUGUAGAUGCAUCUGUGUUUCCAGAUGCUUUGAAUGUUAAGCUGCAGUAACACAAUGGGAGGUUUUCUUCCAAGAAAUAAAAGCACAGUUUUGCAGUUUGAGAGCAAGGCAAUUGUUUUCAUGCUCAGAUAUUGCAGUGCUCUCACUCAAAACUCUGCUAAAAAAAAAACAACUUGUAAGCAUACGCACGUUCUGCUCUCACUCAGUAUGUUGGGGUUGUUAAGAUUUGAUGCCUCUUGAAUCCUGCCGUAUAUGCUUGAACCUUUGCUCUUUGGUGCUUUUCCUCUAAGCACCAGACAGAACGCUAAUUACAUCUUUUGGAAUAAUUAGCGUUCUGUCCAGUUCCAACCAAAAUAAUAUUGUGGCUUCGACAUAAAAAGCCUUCUUUAGGAUGUGUGUAACAUAGUUGAGUCCAAAUUUUACCCACAAGCAGAGUACUUUUUUUUUUUUUGAGCAAGAGGCAAUAAAUUUCAUUGCAGAAAAAAAACUGAUUCAAGGACAAGCAGAGAGGGGCAUUUUCCCCCCAGAGUCAGCAAAGUUGUGGGUGAGAGCAAUAGAGUAAUUUCAUGAAUCUGAGGGGAAAAUUGAUUGAAAAUGUUCUCCUAGACUUCUGAAUGGAAGAAUUCCCAUUAAAGGUGUCCAGGCUUGACUUGCAGACCAUUGUGUGGUCUUUAGGCAGCCAUAUGCAUCUAGUUGUGAUGAAGUGCAAACAUUAAGAGCUGUGAAGAUGCUGUUAUGGGGGAGCUUGUCACACUUGGGAACGUGGAGGCCUUUACUCGUACAACUGUCUGUCCUGCUCUCUGAUCACAGCAAUGGGCUGUUCUGUGUGAAUGUUUUAAUGCAUUUUUAUUUUUAUACUGACAGAUGCACCUUUACAGAGCAAGAGUCUUUAUGUACAAUUAAAAGUUUGGUUCACUCAGUGUUGGAGGCUCAUCUAUUUUUAAUUGUGUACUUUGUUUUAUGACGUUCUUUUUCUUUUAAUCCUUAUUUAUUGUGCAAGGCAAGUACUUGUCCAUUAGCCAAUAAAAUAUUUUAUAAUUUU